CGCUUCAAUCAGUUGAUACUGGGACGUGGUGCGAGCAACAUUGGUUCGGUUUUCGGUCGACCAAGUGGACGACCAAACAACACACACGAUUACACGAUACGAACCGUAAGAAACUCUCGGUGAGGGUAAAAAAAAUCAACCGAAAGCAAAAUAAAUAAACAUAAAAAAACAGUGAGGAUAAUUUUCGAGUGCGAUCGAGUGAAACUUUGCGCGGACGACUGUUCAAAGUCUUGGCGCGAUUGUGGAUUGUGGCGGUGGUGUUUGGAACCGCACGGAGUGGAGUGCAAGCGAAAACAUAGGUGAAAGUUGCCAAGAGAAGAGUGGCCGUUGGGUCCGGCUAUCGACUCGCACAGGAAGAAAUUUGUGGAAACAAAUGCUAAGUGCAGAAUCCGCCGACGAUAAAUGUGUGAAUGACUCUGAGUGAGAGCCAUCCUCGCAAAACAGCAUCGCAGCUACAGUCGAUUGGAAUGCGAUCCUAAGAUACACGGAGCUGCUGGAUGAAAAGUGAAACGCGCGAAUAAACAUCGCUAGAAAGAAAGAAAAAAAUAUGUGUGAAUAAUCGAAAGUGGGUGGAAAGAGAAUUUUGCCAAUGUUUUGCACACGCUGGUGUUAAUCAAGUUGUUGCAGUUGAUGGUGCUAUUGUUAUUGUCGAUCAAGCGCGCAUAAAACCGGAAACUGCUGUGUGAAAAGCUUAGCGUGGAAGAAGAAAGGGAAGAGAGAAGGAAGAUAAAUUAUCGUUGCGCAAAGUAGUGAAGUGAAGUGGCGCUUGCCGCGAACGAAAUCCGGUGUCAAACAGACGUGAUAAUUCGGAGAAAACUUUCUCCGCUACGGGCGGCGAUUGAUUCCAAUCGUCAACCUUGGAUUAGUUCACCAUAUUUCUUCCCUAUUGACAAGGUUGGUGGACGCAAAUUUCCCAGGCUGAGGUCUAGUUAAAUCAUCGACAGUCAACGAACCCUGUGGGACGGAACCGAGAGGGAGAACCCAGCGGUGGUGAAGUGUUGAACUCCACCCUAUCAAAAACAAACCGACGGAUCCUAUGAAAGAGAAUGCGAGAAAUGGACCACAUUCCGGACGAAUCCAGUAGAAAGCUGGCCCCCAGCAGGUGCUUGGGGGAAACCAAUACCCCCAACAACAUCAACAACAACAAUCGCAGUAAUAGUAGAGCAACCAACCCAAAACGGUUCGACGCGCUUUUGAUAGUGGCAGGACUUCUGUGUACGCAGGUCGUCAUCGGUAGCAGCACCCCAUUAGGCGAUAGUAAUAGUAGUAGUGAAGCAUCAGAAUUGACCGCAUGCCAGCACCUGCGGCGGGCAGAAUCACGACGGGCCAAAGCGCUGGGCGAUAACUUGUUGCACACGGUACGGAUACCCCGCUGCACGGCCCUCGGGGAUUUCGAACCGGUGCAGUGCUCGAACGAACUGAACGGAACCGAGUGCUGGUGCGUGGAUGAGUACGGCGUCGAGCUGGCCGACAGUCGGCGGCAGGAUGCCGACGAAGUUAAUUGUACCACGAUCCGAACCAAAUGUCAGGCCUCCAGCUGUCGGAUGUUUUGCCCGGCUGGCUUCGCCCGGGACCUGCGGAGCGGUUGUCCGGUUUGCCGCUGUCGGGAUCCGUGCGAUGGCGUGCAGUGUCCCCACGGGCAGCAGUGUGAACCACAGGAGGUCAGCUGUAAGAACGAACCAUGCCCACCGGUGCCGACGUGUCGCAAAGCUCGCUCUCUCGCAGAUCUCUGCCCAGCGGGUUUACCCCUUGCGAUCAGCGGCACCCCUCGACCAUUCCUGUGUGGUAACGACCCGGGUAAACCCUCCUGCCCACCGAUGUAUCGCUGUCUGGUCCAAUCCGGCAACGACUACGGUGUGUGCUGUCCAUCAUCGAUGCACCUCGAGAAACCCGGCAGCUGUCCGAAGCCGGAUGAAAUCAUCUCAACCGAUAGCACCGGGUUUCUCUGUGGAACCCCUUGCGGCCAUGAUCUCGAGUGUCCUCAGAUGCAGAAGUGUUGCACCUCGAACGGCUGCGGACGCAACUGUCAGCAACCGCACAACGUUACCGUCUGUCACCAGGCAAGAAUGCUCUCGGAGUUGUUGUCGGUGAAUGAACGCGAAGGAAGGGGUUAUGUUCCCCAGUGUGACGGACCCGGAGGAAGUUUCUCCAGUCGACAGUGCUCGCGCAACGGAUUGGUUUGUUGGUGCGUGGAUCCGAAAACGGGCAACAAAAUCAAGGGAACAAUGGGAGCCGCCCAGAUGGUGAAUUGCGAUGGGGUGGAGAAUAUGAUUGGCCGAAGUGGUGGCCGGAGCGUGGAUGGUUCGCAGGGUCUAUGCGAUCACAACAUCUGCGCUGCGGUUUGUGAGUACGGGUUCAAGAACGACCACAACGGGUGUCCCACGUGCGAGUGUUCCGAACCUUGCGAAGGAUUUGUUUGCCCAUCGGGAUCGCACUGCGAGGUGGCAAAAGACCCAAAGUGUGCCUCCUUUUCCGGACUGUGUUCCUCCGAGCCGAUCUGCAAGCUGGACCUGGUCUACUCGAACCCCUGUGAGUUGGGCACACCGCUGGCGGAUAAUGCCACAGAUGAGUUGCUGUACUGUCAUCUAGAUCGUCCCAAGAGUCGCGAGUACCAAAGCCGAAGCUUCUUCGACGACGAGGACGAGGAUACGCUGGGACGCAAACGCUCGCUGUCCAACACGAUCGUCUGUCCGGAGACCCACGUGUGCGUGAAAUUGCACGGUGAAAAGAAAAAUGUCUGCUGCCCGGUGGAGGAUGAAACCGAUGCCACUCCGGAAGCUCGCCAGCAAUCCAUGUGUGAAUAUCUGCGUGACUUCUCGGAUCGCAUGGAGGGUACGGUUGAGGGUAUGCAGCUGGCACUGCCUCCCCCUUCCUGCGGUAUAGACGGCGGGUAUGAGGCGAUGCAGUGCACCACCAAAAAGCUGCGGGUCAACCGGUCCGAGCAGCGACGCUAUCUAGAACAGAACAAUAUUCGUCAGAUGAGAAAACUGCUCGAGGAGGCGAAGCGUGCCAAGCGAGAUACGACGGUAUCGGUGCCUGCGCAAGGCCACAAUUUGAAGCUAGUUAAAGUCGACGACACAUACGAGAACAACAAUCGCGUACAGUCGGGAGACAAUGGUUCCGAUGCACUGAUGUCGUAUCUUCGGCAGCGAAUGCUGGUAUCGGUCGAAAGUGUUGGCGAUUUCGGUGUCCAGGGAAGAUCCGCGAAGAUCAUCGAUUUCAACCGGUUGGAUUCGAAGCAUUCCAACAACCUAGACAGUAUUGAUGUCAAACCUUCAGCGGCGCUGAAGAAACCCCUAGCAAUCGAGGACGACUUGACGGAAAUCGAACUGGAAGAGUGCUGGUGCGUGGAUAACUUUGGCACGGAAAUCCCGAGAACUCGGGGAAUGAACGCCACUCGGAAAUCAUGCCAAGAUCUUCGCGAAUCGCUCGGAUGUCUCGAUCUGACCUGUCGAAUGGGUUGCGAUUAUGGCUUUCUGCUCGAUCCGGAAACCCAAUGUCCUUCCUGUGAGUGUCGUGACCCAUGUGAUAGCGUGGCCUGUCCGGACGGACAGGAAUGUCGAUCGGUUGAGGUGUCAUGCGAAGGAGAAUACUGUCCACCGGUGCCUGCAUGUUUUCCCAAGAAACCUGGCCAGUGUCCUUUCCUGGUACCGCCAGGAAGUGAAAACUCCGAGUCCGAUUCGUGUGAAUACGAAUGCCGAACGGAUGCCCACUGCGAUGGUUCCAAACGGUGCUGCUCCAAUGGCUGCGGAACUCAGUGCGUUGAGCCGCAGCUGAAAACCGCUUGCCAACAUUUGCAAACCAUCCAGCUGCAUCAGGCAAGUGAACUCGGCGUUCCGCCGAAGCAGAAAUACAUCACACAGUGCGAUGCGGAUGGAAGCUUCCGCACCAUCCAGUGUGGUCCCGGAAACGUUUGCUGGUGUGUCGAUGAGUACGGAAACGAGAAGAGUGGAACGCGAACCUCCAACGGUGAGCCAAACUGCGCAAUCUAUCCGAAGAUCGAGUGCCCGCUGAGGAAAUGUUCACCCUGCGAGUACGGCUACAAGAUCGACGCCGACGGCUGCAAGACUUGCGAGUGCCGCGAUCCGUGCAGCGAAAUCUCCUGCCCUCGGGGCGAGGAAUGCCAACUCAUCCAGGUUGAGUGCAUCUCCGUGCCGUGCCCGAAAAUGCCUAUUUGUGUGCCGAUCCGUGAUUCCGUUUGUCCGGAGGGACUCCCGUUGAAAUCCGGUGGGCGUGAGAUUGUCUGCGGACCGCAGGCCGAGGCCGAGAGCUGCCCGUCGACACACAUCUGCCAGCUCAAUCCGAUCAGCAAACGUGGGUCUUGUUGUGCCAAGACAAGAGAUGUUUGCUUCGAAUCGAUUGAAUCCAGCUGUCUAGCAUCGGAGGCGCACUUGUCGAGCAAUAGUAACGAUCUGGAGACCACAACAACCACCAAGUGGCGGUUCAGUCCGCGGCUGAACAAAUGCGUACCGGUCAACCUGCCAAUGGUAGGCGUUUGUCCCUCGAAGAACCUGUUCCACAGCGAACAAGCUUGCAACGGCGUCUGUCCGGUGCUAUCCCAGUGCGAACGACUACGACUGAAGAAUGCGAUGGCGGCUAAAAGGGCUGGCCAACCGAGCACUUGGUUCCAGCCACGCUGUGACCCGGAAACCGGCUUCUGGAGUCCGGUUCAGUGCCUUGGAUCGAUGAGCUCCAGCAACGCGACGACGACGCAGGAAACUCCCAGUCUGGGAGUUUGCUGGUGUGCGGAUAAGAAGGGUGCUCCGGUCAAAGGUUCCCUCACCAAGGGUUCCGAACCGAAGUGCAGUAGUCGACAGGCGAGGAAACGAUUGCCCAACAGUAGCGGGGAGGUAUCGAGUGAUCCAGUUAUGGAAGAACUCAUCCGACAGAUUACCUUCCUGGUAGACGAAAACAACUACAUCGAUGAAGAUUUGGAGCCUACGGUUCCAUCGGGCAGCGGUUCGGCUGCUGCUGCAGCCAACUAUGCCCCGGAACCACGAUACAUCGGCUCCAUCUCGGCCGUGACGGAGAAAAUCAUCGAAAUGGCACGGAUCGACGAUGGCAGCAACUUCAUCGAUGAUACGGGCAAAAAACUAAGCGCAUCCACAACUCGCUGUCAGGCGCUGCAGUUGGCCGCUUCCUUCCCAGUUGCCUGCGACGAAAACGGAUCCUUCGAAUCAACCCAGUGUAACGGAGACACCUGCUGGUGUGUGGAUGCGGCCGGAAAUCAGCUGCCACUGUCAAGCACCUUCAAACGAGCCACCCGAACCUGUCUUUUCACCCCGAUCGAUGCCGUCGAGAUUGAGCUGCAUCUCAACAACCCCCACCACAGGGUCCUUCUGAACCUCUACGAAGUCCUCCGUAACGAUCUAACCGCGCUGAUCGGCAGUAUCUUCGACAACUACCGGGUGCACGAGAACACCGACGGAAGUGUGAUGCUCCGAUUCGACCUGAUCGAACACAACAAAGUGGAUGACGCUUUCGCGAUCGAAGAAAUGGUACGCAACCACGAGUUCAUCGUUUACCAUGGUUCCCUCAUAGCGGACGUUACGCAGUCCCGCUUCUCGCACGAAGUCUCCACAAAUCUUCCCGUCCCACAGCAAUCCUCUGGCAUCCCGGAGAACACCUUCCAGACGAUUGUGUUCGUACUGGCCACGGCUUCCGCCUUUCUCGUCAGCAUUCUGGUCGUGUUCGUGAUGUUGAAGCGUGGCAAGAACAAAAUGAAGCACUACAGCAACAGCAACCGAAUGAUGAGCAUCGGAGCGGACAAAUAUCUCGACUACAGUUCGCCCAUUUUUGUGCUCAGUGCCAACGAUACCAAAUCACUGCCGGAUCAUUACCGAUCGACGACGGCGGCGGCAACAGUUGCAACAGUGACCACUUCAUCAACGGAUAAAUCCACGUCCGAAUAAGCUCGAUUCGCUACGCCGGAAAAUGGAACAAGCUGACUCUUGCUGGACCAGACCGAAAAAAAUGGUUGAACUCAGCUCGGAUUGACCCAUUUUCCGCCGGUAAAAAAAAAACUUUUCGUUUUUGUGUUUUCUGAUUGAAAGAAAAUAGUAAAAUGAAAAAUUUGAAAACUUUUGACCACUUUCGGGCCCAACAAAUCUUUUCUCUCGUUAGUAUUGUAUAUACUGUUUUUCGGUAACUUCUAUAGUUAAAAUUCACGCCUAGGCUCUACCCUACAUAUUUUAAAUUCCUCGUUGAAAUAAUACCUAUUAAAUGUAAUAACGAUUAGAUCUGAUGAUAGAAUUCUGAAAGUGGGUGGAGGAGCGCAAUAUCAAAUGUAUAUAGUUUUUUGGAAAGCCAAGUGAACUGUUGUUUGGAACUCUGUGUUUUCGUUUUUGUUUUCUCCGAACAGAAACGGUGCAUCCGCGCCGGAACAUGUGUAGCGUGUUAGUAGGUUAGUUGUGUUGUGUAGGACAGGAUGCUUUUAUUUAUUUAUUUCUCCGCUUUGUUAUGACAUAAGAGCUGCUAAAUUAGAUGCAUCGAUUUUCCUUUUUCCGUGGAAGUGAGAUGAAACGACAUCGUGAAAAUUGUGCGCUCCAAACUUUAACCCAAUUGACCCUGUAAAUAUAUUGUGGCAUCCAGAUUAUAUCAUCGUGAGAAUAUGUUUACGCUCUGUUUGAAUAAAAUGACAAUGAAAUA